AUAACAGCAAUCCACUUAGAAAACGACGGUCAUUACCAGCUAACAUCAAGUCAAUGAAUAUUAACAUGAAAACAUAACUGAAUCUAAACUAGGAAAUAACCUCAACAUUGAAAUCCACAUGUUUCUCAUGUAUAAUCUUCUAUAAUUGCAGUAAAUUUAUCAUCAAUGUCUACUAAAUAACACCAUAAUAGAAUGAAAAAUUUAUUUGAAGACUUGAAAAUUCAAAUAAACAGAUUUGGUCGGACAAUAUAUAUUUCAAGUGAAAAGUCUAGUGAAAGGAUGCCUGGAAUCAUAGUGAAUACUUCAUUAGGUCAUGUAAUAAACUGGAAUGUUUCGGAUAAUAUAAUACCUCUUCAUGCGAUAUAUUGUAAACCUUUCAUUGUUCAAAUCAGUUUUAAUGGAACAAUAUUAAGUACAAGUAUUUUUAACAUCACACCAGAAGAUGGGAAACUAGAGGGUAGUUGGAAACAAUAUGCACUGACCGACAACAAAACUGGAACAGUAACUCACUAUUGCAGUUUUGAAACUUUAGCUGGAAGUGAUUGUAAACUUUCUGUUGUUGGCAGUUAUCAAAACACUGCUGGACGAUGCACAUACAAGAGAGGGAGUGGGGAUUCAUCGUUGAAUUUUUUGAAAUCAAAUACAUCUUAUACUCUUCAAUGCUUAGAUCAGUCCGGUUACACCGAAGUCAGCUCUAUACCACAUAACAUUGGCAAUGAUCAAAGGAAUAUUUUUCUUGAAAAUCUUCAUAACUCUCAACUCCCAGAUCCCGAUGAAGAAGACAGGUGUCCAACUGAACAAGAUUUUCCCAAAGUGGAAGGCUUGACAGUCACUGCCAUUGCAGAAGGUUCAAUUCAUUUACUCAGUUGGAAUAAGAUAAGUGAGAAAUUCAGCGAGUGUCUAUCAUACUAUUUAUUGGUUCGCGUUCAUCGACGUCUAAAACCGAAGUUAAUUAUACUCUCAGUUAUGAAAUAUCGGGUUGAUGGACAUUUGAAUAAUAUAAUUAUGGACAUAUCAGAAGACCAAAAUUACAUUUAUAAAGUUAAGGCACUUUUCAAAAACUCCAUUAAAACCCAAUUUUCCGAGCGUGUUGAGAUCCAGACGCCAAAUGCAGUGAAUCAUAUUAUAAAGAUAUCUUCAAGUCCACAAUUGGUACUUCUUUGCAAACUGUUUGUUUUAUAGACUGCAGCUGCCUGCCAAGUACUGUUCAUACAAACAAGACUGGUAUCAAAGUACCAGCUCUUGUAAUAGACAGAAGAGCCCGAAUUUCAUAAGAAAACGACGAAUUUUCAGGAAGAAACAUUUUUUUUCCAUCAGCUGAAAUAAAAAUGGAUUGAUUUUUCCAAUUUUCAAGUUAACGUUUCUUAUAUUAAGUCCCACUAUUUAUUUCAUUUUUCUAUUGAUUAAAAUUCAAUCACAUUA